AUGGCGAUCUACGCUCGCAGGGCGGGCAAAACGGACACGGCGAACGAGCACGACAUGGAGCUGAUGGUGAUGAAGACCUGCCUGGCCUCCCUAGUGCCCGUGAGGAAGCAGCGCGACGAGGUCAGAGGCAGACUAGAUCGAGCCAAGGACCGUCACAACAAUACGGUAUCGCGGCUCAAGGACUUAUCCGAGCAGGAGAAGGAGAUCGAGCUGGAGAUCCAGCAGCUUCAGAGCUGCAUGAACGAGCUGGAGCAGAUGCCAGACGAACCGCCGAUGGACGACCAGCAUAUGGCGUCCUCGGCCCAGCCCCAGGCCGCAGUCGCAGGUGUUGGCCCAUACGGGCCGCAGCCGCAGUAUGCUUGGGGAUUUGCUGGAGCGCAGCAUCCACAGCAGCAGCAGCAGCAGCAGCAGCAGCCGAUGAACCAGUAUGUUGCGCAUCAGCAGCCGCCCUACAUUCAGACACACCUACCUCAGUUCGGAGCGGCUGGUGGACAACAGAACGUGAUCGGUCAGCAGCAUCAGCAGCAUCAGCAUGGUCAGAUGGGCCAGCAGAUGGGCCAGAUGGACCAGACGAAUUGCCAUCAGACCGAUCAGCAGAUGAUGGACAAGAAGCAGCAGAUGAUGGACCAACAGAUGAAGAGUCAGCAGCAGGGCCAGACAGCACCGCCGCAGCAGCAGUGCCAGAUGGGCCCGCAGAUGCACGAUCCAGGUUUACUACAAUUUCUGCGCAUGAUGGACCAGAGGCAAGCGAGGCAAGAGGAGAUCAUGUCGAACCUAGUCUCGUGGAUCAACACUGCCUCGGGCCAGCAGCAGAACCACCAUAGGCAGCAGCAGGCCGUGGGGUUUACCAUGGCCGCUGGGGAGACGGCGGCCCCUCCAGCGGACUCACCAGCGCCGCGUACACCAGAAGGCAAAACACCAGUGGGAGGCUGUUCGACGCCGAUUGCAAUGCCGAAGACACCAGCUUCACCUCAGUCCUUCGCACCAGCGCAAGGCACACCGCCUGCGUGGAGAUCGGCACACAAGGAGAAGCUCCUCACGCCGACGGAGCCCGUGGCCACGCCGAGGGAGGAGCACAAGAUGGAGGAGACCGAGAUGCCACAAGCGCCGUGGCCAAUUUCACCUACGGAGCCGUGGGCAGGGGGCACUCAGGAGGACCCCUACUUGACGGCAAUGGCGCCGAAGGAGAGCGUGACGAAGAUCGAGCCCAAGGAAGAGCCUGUCCUGGUGACGUCACAGGAUGGCGACAUGACGGACUCCCAGCAGCUCAGCGACGGCCUCGACGGCAUCGAAGUCGACGGCUACGAGGGGGGCGAUGGCAAGGACGACCCGCGCAGCCCUGCGGCCAAGGUCCUCAAGGUGGGGGGCAAAGGCGGCGCCUGA